AUGUCUGAGGAAGAACAACCAAAAUUUGAAGAAAAUAAUGAUAAUGGCGCUGAGGAUCCCAAGAGAAUUUUUAAUGAGGAAGAAAUUAAAAAUAUAAUCGGAGAGGUAGUAGAAAAAACAAUUUUACAAGAUUCAGCAUAUCUUCACAGUAGAAUAUCUCAUUGGAAUUCUACAAUAGUUGAACAAACAUUAAAGAAAUUAUCAUCAUUAAAUAAAUCUUUUAAAUAUAUUGUAACAUGCACAAUUUUUGAAAAGAAUGGAGCUGGAAUACAUGCCACAACUACUUGUUAUUGGGAUUCAAGAUAUGAUGGAAGUACAACUUAUAGACAUGAUACAAAUAGUAUGUAUGUCAUUGUUAAUGUUUGGGGAUUAUGUGUGUGA